AUUCCAUUCAAAAUACUUUUAUAAAGUCUUCUUUAUCUAUCUUACAUAAUAAAAAAGUAAAACUGAAAAAAAUAAAUGAUAUUGUUGUAAUUAUGUUGACUGGAAUUUUUUUCUCUCGUUUCAAAAUAAUCAUUUUAGUCUAAGAAAAUUUGAUAUAAAUUUUUCGGGAAAAUGUGACACGGUCCAGAUCAAUAUCCAAUUUAGUUAUUCUGUAAUGAUUUUUUAUUAAUAACAAGGAUAUUGAAUAUUCAAACGAUUAACAUAAAAAAUUGCUCUGUGAUCGGUCAAUGUUAAGAGUGUCGAAGUGCAAUAAUUAGUCAAUACGCAGCCAUUAAAAAUAUCUUAGUUAUGAAUAAAUUAGAUAAUCCACAAAAAAAUGGAACUCAUAAAAUUCGUAUAACAAUUUUGUGUGCGAGAAAUCUAGCCCGGAAAGACCUAUUUCGUUUGCCUGAUCCGUUUGCUAAAGUUGUCGUCGAGGGAACAGGACAAAUUUAUACAACCGAUAUAAGCAAAUCGUCACUGGAUCCAAAAUGGAAUGCCCACUAUGACUUGUUUCUUGGUAGGGGAGAUGUUAUUAAAAUAACUGUGUGGAAUGAUCGUAAAAUACGAAAAGGAGGCGGAUUUUUGGGUUGCGUCCGAAUACCCGCACCGGUAAUACAAAAUCUCAAAGGAGCUGGAUUCCAACGUUUGGAUUUGUGUAAGCAAUCGCCAGAUGAUGAUGAUCUGGUUCGUGGUCAAAUUAUUAUUGCACUACUUUCGAAAGACGGACCAUGUGGAGGAAAUCCUCUUGCGAUUGUCGGACCAGGAGGUGAUGUGCGUGGUCCAUCAGAAGAUAAUUCUUCCGAAAAUAGUCUUCCAGACGCUUGGGAGGAAAGACGUACCCCGAAUGGGCGUGUAUAUUAUGUUAAUCAUAGUACCAAAUCCACUCAAUGGGACCGACCGACACACUCAGAAAACGUACAGUUAAAUGGAAACCACUCACAAGUGCAGCAAAAUGUGCACCAACAUAUCGACACAAAAGGCGAGAAAGUUAAAGUCGCUCCUUCAGGGCCAUCUUCCAAGCCGUCUACUUGUAACAACCAUAGCAGUCGUGGAAUUUUAGGCAAUGAACAGCCAUCUUCUCAUUGGUAUGCUACUGAGGAACUAACAAGUUCAUCUGGAAAAGAAAACUGCAGUCCGGCAAGGUUGAAUACCGAAACAUCGAACGGAGAAAGUGUAUUACCUUCGAAGAAAAUCAACUCCCAAAGCCAACAUAUUUCUGUUGCAAGCGUAAGCAGUCCAACGCCAAUUGAUUCCACAUAUAAUCAACUAAAAUCGCCAAAUAAUCAUUGCACACCGAGUUCUUCAAAUUCGGUUAACAGUGCAACAUCAUCACGUUGCGUUAACGAAACAACACAAAGGAACUCGCAGGUCUUAGUUCAACUCCAUCAACCACAACAACAACUUGCCCCGCAUUCGAUAGAAGAAAAUAAUGGGAAGAAUGACAACCAUAAUGGUAAAAAGCAAAAACAUUCAGCCACAUCAACAAUUCACGGACAUAUUAUUACACCAACGCGCGUGAAUUCACCUCAACGGAACAAUCAAACUUCCCAAAAUAUAGAAAAUGGAAAUGCUAACCAAACACAAACAGUAAUAACAUUGAGUAGUAGAGAUUUAAACAAUUGCUUUGCAAAUCAAAAGCAACCAACUGAAACGUCGCAUGCAAACGGGAAUGGUCAAAGUUCAAUUCCUAACAACUCAUUGAGUGCUAACGAUGCAAUGGCUAAUGUUGGGGAAAAUGAAGCAACACCUGCAACCAGCAACAACAUUAUGCCUAACAACACCAGCCAAGAAGGAAGUGGGAAUGAACAAUUACAGCGGGUUCGUAGUAGAUCUACGAGAAGUGCAGAAGAAUCAGCUAGAAGACGAUUGCGUGGCAAUCGUCCCAAUGCUCUUGUAAGGAAUAACACCAAUACCAGACCGUUUAUGGAUCUUCCUUGUGGAUAUGAAAUGCGUACCACUCAACAAGGGCAGGUUUACUUUUAUCACAUUCCAACUGGCGUUUCUACUUGGCAUGACCCAAGGAUUCCGCGUGAUUUUGAAACUCAAAACUUUUCGUUAGAUGCCUUGGGGGUUUUACCAAGCGGAUGGGAACAGAGAAAAACUACAUCAGGACGAGUGUAUUUUGUUGAUCACAACAAUCGUACCACACAAUUCACCGAUCCUCGCCUCAAUGGUCACAUUCUUCAAAUAAUUCGUCGAACAUCGAAUCAGUUUGAAGUGCCCAGUAGAACAGCAGACGAAGGAUUUUCUGUUCCAAACCAUAGUUAUCGAGAUGGAUCUUCUAAUGUAGCAUCGAAUACAGCGGCAAAUGCUUCUGGUGCCUCAAGCGCGAAUCACCGAAACUUAACAACAUCGGCAUCUACACCUGAACCGUUCCAACCGCAUCAACAUAACCAACCAGUGCCUGAUCUUCCUCAAGGUCUUUUAGAAGGUGCAGACCUUCUGCCCAAGUAUCGUCGUGAUUUAGUUGGUAAAUUGAGAGCAUUGCGCAAUGAAUUACAAAUUCUACAGCCACAAUCUGGUCACUGUCGACUAGAAAUAACACGCACAGAAAUUUUUGAAGAGAGUUAUAGACUGAUUAUGAAAAUGCGACCGAAAGACAUGCGAAAACGGCUCAUGGUCAAGUUUAAAGGUGAAGAAGGCCUAGAUUACGGCGGUGUGGCUAGAGAAUGGCUUUAUCUUUUAUCAAGGGAAAUGCUUAAUCCCCAGUAUGGAUUAUUUCAGUACAGUCGAGAUGAUCAUUAUACUUUGCAAAUUAAUCCAGAUUCCGGUGUUAACCCAGAUCAUUUGUCAUAUUUUCAUUUUGUUGGACGUAUACUCGGAAUCGCUGUCUUUCAUGGUCAUUGUAUGGAUGGAGGAUUUACAACACCUUUUUACAAACAGUUGCUUAACAAACCCAUAACGUUGAAUGAUAUCGAAGGUGUCGAUCCCGAUCUUCAUAGGAGUCUUACAUGGAUGCUUGAAAACAAUAUAAGUGGAAUAAUAGAGUCAACAUUUAGUGUGGAAAAUAAUAGUUUUGGUGUCUUGAAAGUGCAUGAGCUAAAACCAUCUGGUGCGACUAUAGGAGUGACGGAAGAAAACAAGAGAGAAUACGUUAAAUUAUAUGUAAAUUAUAGAUUCAUGCGUGGAAUAGAACAACAAUUUUUAGCACUACAAAAAGGUUUCUGCGAACUCAUUCCGAGUCAAUUGUUACGACCUUUUGAUGAAAGAGAACUAGAGUUAGUAAUUGGUGGUAUAAGCAGUAUAGAUGUCAAUGAUUGGAAAAAAAACACUCGUUUAAAACACUGUUCACCGGAUGUACCACAAGUUAUCUGGUUUUGGCAAGUAGUAGAAUCAUAUUCAUCAGAAAUGCGUGCACGUCUCUUGCAAUUUGUAACAGGAUCGUCAAGAGUUCCUUUGCAAGGCUUUCGAGCACUACAAGGUUCGACUGGCGCAGUUGGGCCUAGGCUAUUUACAAUUCAUUUGACCGCUGAUGUACCCACGCAAAACCUGCCAAAAGCACAUACAUGUUUCAACCGUAUCGACCUACCGCCUUAUGAAACUUAUCAACUUUUGUGUGACAAAUUAACGCAAGCAGUAGAAGAAACUUGUGGAUUUGCAGUGGAGUAGAAUUUGAAACGCCAUUUCUCUAUACUCACUCAAUCAUCAUUCUCAUCUAUAUCAUAUAAAAAAGUAUAUAUAAACUUUUUAAUAUACAUAUUAUUAUAUAUAUUUAUAUUUACACAUAAUUACAAAAUAUCUAAACAGUUCUUACUCACAUUGAACAAUAUUGUAUGUAUUUAAAACAUGGAUAACAGUAUUUAA